CUGUGGUCUUAAAAUCGCUUUCACUGCGCUGUGGUCCAAUUCCCCCAUCAUGCUUGUUCAGAGGUUCCGUGAUAAGUUCCUUCCACUGCUGCAUGACGUCGGGUGUGGCCUUCAAUGUUGCCCCUUUCGAACGUACCUCGGAUGGUACUUCGCACCCAGGUUACAGCUAGUGACGCGGUGUACCAUGUCUCCCAGGUCAGCUACAUGCUGGAAUACCCACUCUUCGCUAUCUGCCUUCGCAAAGUCGUUAAAAUGGGUACUUCGGGAAGUGAUAGCGGCCAGCAACCAUGGGACCAUAUCCGUGCUGAAGCAGUUGGAACGCAACCGAAGAGACGGCUAUGUUUGCAAUUGACCGACAAGCACAAUCUGCUCGUUCUGAAAUACAGAGGAGCGUGUGGUAUCCAACACUGGAUCCUAUGGACCUGCUUUGUUCCCUUUGGAUUUGUUCGUCCAUCGGGGCAUCCUGUCACUGCUAAGCCAAGCGAUGUGCAGUCAUUGUAUAGAUCCGCACGUUUGAUGGCCUCCAUAUCGACAAUUGCGACCUACUCCUUCGCACGUUGGUACUACGAUAUUAGACACGGCCCCCAAGAUGAACCUGAACCCCAUGUGCGUGCCGAGCUAUUUGCUGGAAGUAAGGACAUGGUCAUUUCUGCCCAAGCUGGGCAUGAACGGUCUCAUCGGGGAGUCUGGGAAUAUGUGGGAUGUUCAGGUGUUCUUGAGGAUUAUGCAUCGAUUUAGGCUGGGCAAAUUAAUCGGUACGCCGGCAUACUUUCAUAGACGUUGAGGCGAGCUCAUGUUUGCGUGGUUGCGAUCCGUGGAGAAUGCGUCCAUGGCUAGCACCCGCUUUCAAGCAACGCGGGAGGGAGGUAUCGAAUGUUCUGCUGUCAA